UGACUUUUCCAAAACCUUUUAUUUAUUUAUUUUUUUGGCGAGAAACAUGGUCCCUGAGCCAACAUCCGUGCCAAUCUUCCUCUAUUUUGUAUUUGGGAUGCCAUCUGUGUAUCAAAAUGUCUGUACUCUGAUUAUGACCUCCCAAAAACGUGUGUAGACGACACGAUCAUGGAAAACAUGAAUUUGGUUUGUUUAUUGGGGUACUGGGCGUUGGGUGCAGGUUCUUUAUAUAGGUCAGUGGCUUUGAAACUUGAGCCCUUGGAUCUUUCUAGAGCCCCAGUAACAGCAGGCCUAAGCUCAUCUGCCCUGGCUGCAGUGAGUUGGGGGGUGAUGGUGGGACUCGAGUCUGUGCCCCCGUCCUUCCCACACCUCACACCCGAGAGACUGAGCUGCUGCUGCAAAUCACUCCCACGGUAGCUUGGCCAUCUGCUCCGAGGCUGUUUGCAUCUUCGGAAGGUAGCUUUCUGGCAUAUUCUCUCUGGAUCUGCUCUCCUGCAGCUGACCUGGAUGUUAAUGGCCCGUGAAGGGAGACAUGGAAACCCCCUUUGAAGAAGUCCUGGAGAAGGCCAAGGCCGGGGACCCCAAGGCACAGACAGAGGUGGGGAAGCGCUACCUGCAGCUCGCCGGCGAUGCAGACGAGGAGGUGAACAACUGCACUGCCGUGGACUGGCUCAUCCUCGCCGCCAAGCAGGGCCGGCGCGAGGCCGUCAAGCUGCUGCGCCGGUGCCUGGCGGACAGGAAAGGCAUCACUUCCGAGAAUGAGCAGGAGGUGAAGCAGCUCUCCUCCGAGACCGACCUGGAGCGGGCCGUGCGCAAGGCGGCCCUGGUCAUGUACUGGAAGCUCAACCCCAAGAAGAAGAAGCAAGUGGCCGUGUCGGAGCUGCUGGAGAAUGUCGGUCAGGUCAAUGAGCACGAUGGAGGGGCACAGCCAGGCCCCGUCCCCAAGUCCCUGCAGAAGCAGAGGCGAGUGCUGGAGCGCUUGGUCAGCAGCGAAGCCAAGAACUACAUCGCACUGGACGACUUUGUGGAGAUCACUAAGAAGUACGCCAAGGGCAUCAUCCCCACCAACCUGUUCCUGCAGGACGACGAGGAUGACGAGCUGGCGGGGAAGAGCCCCGAGGACCUGCCCCUGCACCUGAAGGUGGUCAAGUACCCCUUGCACGCCAUCAUGGAAAUCAAAGAGUACCUGAUCGACGUGGCCUCGCGGGCGGGCAUGCACUGGCUGUCCACCGUCAUCCCCACCCACCACAUCAACGCCCUCGUCGUCUUCUUCAUCAUCAGCAACCUGACCAUCGACUUCUUUGCCUUGUUCGUCCCCCUGGUUGUCUUCUACCUGUCCUUCGUCUCCAUGGUGAUCUGCACCCUCAAGGUCUUCCAGGACGGGAAGGCCUGGGAGAGCUUCCGCACCCUCACGGGCCUGCUGCUGCGCUUCGAGCCCACCCUGGACGUGGCGCAGGCCGAGGUGAACUUCGGCUGGAACCACCUGCAGCCCUACGUCCACUUCCUGCUGUCCGUUGUCUUUGUCAUCUUCUCCUUCCCCAUCGCCAGCAAGGACUGCAUCCCCUGCUCGGAGCUGGCCGUGGUGUGCGUCUUCUUCACCGUCACCAGCUACACGAGCCUGAGCACGUCUGCCGAGCCCUACACCCGGAGGGCCCUGGUGACCGAGGUGGCCGCCGGCCUGCUCUCCCUCCUGCCCACCGUGCCCUUGGACUGGGGCUACCUGAAGCUCCUGGGCCAGACCUUCUUCACCGUGCCCCUCGGCCACUUCGUCGUCCUCAACGUCAGCGUCCCCUGCCUGCUCUACGUCUACCUGCUCUAUCUCUUCCUCCGCAUGGCCCAGCUGAGGCAUUUCAAGGGCACCUACUGCUACCUGGUCCCCUACCUGGUCUGCUUCAUGUGGUGUGAGCUCUCCGUGGUCAUCCUGCUCCAGUCCACCGGCCUGGGGCUGGUCCGCGCGUCCAUUGGCUAUUUCCUCUUCCUCUUCGCUCUCCCGAUCCUGGUGGCCGGCCUGGCGCUGAUGGGCGUGGUGCAGUUUGCCCGCUGGUUCGUGUCCCUGGAGCUCACCAAGAUUGCGGUCACCAUGGUGGUCUGUAGCAUCCCCCUGCUGUUCCGCUGGUGGACCAAGACCCACUUCUCUGUGGUGGAGCUGGUCAAGUCCCUGACGCGGAGCUCCCUUGUCAAGCUCAUCCUGGUGUGGAUCACGGCCAUCGUGCUCUUCUGCUGGUUCUGCGUGUACCGGUCAGAGGGCAUGAAGGUCUACAACUCCACGCUGACGUGGCAGCAGUACGGUUUCCUGUGCGGGCCACGGGCCUGGAAGGAGACCAACAUGGCACGCACCCAGAUCCUGUGCAGCCACCUGGAGGGCCACAGGGUCACGUGGACGGGCCGCUUCAAGUACGUCCGGGUGACGGAGAUCGACAACAGCGCCGAGUCGGCCGUCAACAUGCUCCCGUUCUUCAUCGGCGACUGGAUGCGCUGCCUCUACGGCGAAGCCUACCCCUCCUGCAGCCCCGGCAACGUCUCCACGGCCGAGGAGGAGCUCUGCCGCCUCAAGCCGCUGGCCAAGCACCCCUGCCACAUCAAGAAGUUCGGCCGGUACAAGUUCGAGCUCACGGUGGGCAUGCCCUACAGAGGCGCCGACGGCCCCCGCAGCCCGGAGGAGGACGAUGUCACCAAGGACAUCGUGCUGCGGGCCAGCAGCGAGUUCAAGGACGUGCUACUGCACCUCCGCCAGGGCAGCCUCGUCGAGUUCAGCACCAUCCUCGAGGGCCGCCUGGGCAGCAAGUGGCCUGUCUUCGAGCUCAAGGCCAUCAGCUGCCUCAACUGCAUGGCCGAGCUCUCGCUGGCCAGGCGGCACGUGAAGGUCGAGCACGACUGGCGCAGCACGGUGCACGGCGCCGUGAAGUUCGCCUUCGACUUCUUCUUCUUCCCGUUCCUGUCGGCGGCCUGACCGCGGCCCCGCCUGGGGGCGGUGUGGGCAUGUGUCGCUGCGUGGCCUUUCCCGUGUGGCCGCCCCACCAGACAGCACAACACUAACCCUGAGUGUGCAUGUGUGUGCGUGCUCCCGUGUGCAAACGCAGGGCUUCAGAGACCUCUGUCUGUGUGUAAUCUGCUCACACUUCCCUGAAUGUGCUGACUGCUUUAGCUCUGUCCACUUUGAAUGCCAGCGUCGCUGGAAAUUGCAUGCACAGUCUUGUCCCCCCAUCCCGACCUUUCAGAGCGGAGCUGGCGCCAGGCUAGACUAGGAUUCCUGUGUCCUGAAAAGCACUUUACAGAUGAUGUUCUCCCUCCUUCCCCCGCCCCUCCGAGCACCCAUGCCCCGUAUUUACCUUGGUAUUGGAUUUGUUUUUGAAAGAACCAAAUGUGCUGGUGUGUAAACUCCAGGAGAGCACUUAUUUAUCUGGUUGCUGCUAAGCCUUGACAGCUGUUUGUGGAUCCCGGGGGCUGUGCAAAGUGCUGAGCUCUGUCAUGUGGUCAGGGCCCCGCCUGGUGGCAUCCGUUGGAGGCCAGAGAAGUGGCAGCUUCGGGCACAGUGUGUCCGUGCUGAGCCCUGGGGCCCGCAGCCUGCCUCCCGGCUCUCCUGUCUAGUGAGCAGUGGGUGGGUCUGAGGGUCUCGCCUGAAUCCACCGGGACGAGGAAAUAGAAGAACCUGGGGCGACCCUUCCCAGUGAUUGCUUGGAAAGGCUUGGCUGUGUUCAGUCCCGGAGAGGGGAAAGCCAAGGUCUUAAAGCAGCCAAAAUAAAAGCCCUUGAUGAAAUCUA